AUGGCCGCCGAAGAAAAUGAAAAGAAAGCUUUUGAAAGUUUAGUCAGGCAAACUAGAGGAUAUGGUGGACAUGGCGGACAUGAUGGACAUCAUGGUGGCGGCGGAUAUUAUCCACAUGGCGGUCAUGGUGGUCAUGGUGGAGGUGGAUAUUAUCCAGGCGGUGGUCACCACGGUGGAGGUGGUCAUUAUCCAGGUGGUGGUCAUCAUGGUGGAAGUGGGCAUUAUCCAGGCGGUGGUCAUCAUGGUGGAGGUGGUCAUUAUCCAGGUGGUGGUCAUCAUGGUGGAGGUGGUCAUUAUCCUGGUGGUGGUCAUCAUGGUGGUCAUCAUCAUCAUGGAUAA